UUCAAGAAAAGGAAAAAAUAUGAAUUCGGAAAAUUGUGUUGAGCACAUUCCAUGCUGCAUGAAAGAUGAAAUUGAAAAAACUAAAAAAAUCACUUGGGAUGAUACAAAUGGGCAGCAGGCUGAAUGUCAAUCAAGGUGUGAAAGCAACCGAACCAUACACGAUGAAAUGAGUGAAAAAAUGGGUGCGAUUGGAGCUUGGGCAACUGGCAAAUGUGAUUGGAAUCCAAAAAGUGGUUUGGUUGGUGUUAAACCAAUUGUUGACCAUUAUUCCAUAACUCAGUUCAGCACACAAGAGUGGCAUCAACGCAACAAUGACAUUUACGAUGAAAAUCAUCAAAUCAUACUUCAAAGUCUCAAAAUCGAAGACAAAAGCAAAGAUACAACCGACCAUGCAAACGCACUAGUUGAUCGUCAUCAAGAAAAUAGUACAAAAUUACUGCGAGAUCGAACACACGAUGUGUAUAGAUUAAAAACAACAUUAGAGCGUGCAAUACGUGCACAAAUGGACGAAAUAAGUACUUUGGCCGAGCAAAGAAAUCGAAUGAUGCAAGCACUUGUCGUUUUACAAAAACCCGAAUCGAUUGCAACUGAAUGUAUUGAAAGACGAAGUCGACGCCCUGAUAGCGAACUGAUCCGUGACGGUCCUGAAGAAGAGCUUAUCGAAGAGAUUGCAUUGAUUUCGGAAAUUCGUAAUGUAUUUAAUUCAUCUGUGAAUGACAUCAAUAGACAACAGAGUGAAAAUCGAGCGGCACGUGAACGUCUCGAAAGCGAUUGGUCCGAUAAAAUGCAUGCAUAUGAAAUUGACUCAAGAAAUUCAGCACUGAACAAUAAAUCACAUGAGAUACUUUUCAAACCGGGCGCUACUCGAUUUAUGGAUGGUCAAUCAACCGAAGAUCGAUGGGAAGCAUUCACUAUACAGGCGCUAAACGACUGUGAAGAUGUGCGACAAAAUUCGAUAAAAUUGCGCGCUAAAAUUGAUGCGAUACUUAUAAACGCAGCCCGAGAUUUGCGUACAAAAGCCGACCGUGUCGUCAGGUCAUUCAACCACAAAAUCGGAAAUCUUGAUGAAACUUGCCGCAAACUCGAAACUGAAUUAACCGAUUGCCUGAAACGAUUGGCCGACACUGAGCUCUUAAUAGAAAACCUCACUCAAAGCAUGCAAAACAUGGACACACCGAUGAAAGUGGCUCAGACCCGUCUUGAUAAUCGUAAUCGCCGUGUAAAUGUGGAAAACUGCCGUGAUCGUGCCCAUUUUGGUCUGGUAGAAGAGGUCCGUAGCAUUGAAGAAGCCACAUUGGCUCUAUCGAUCUCGAUCAAAGAAGCCGAAGACACAAGAACUGCCUUGAAUCAAACCCGAAUCUUAAUCGAACGUGAAUUAUUGCUGAAGCGUCGAACACUGCAACUCGAUCGAGAACGUUGCAUGUUUUACCGCAGUCAUUAUCCAUCUGCUACGGCUUUAAGCGGUUAUUAAUCACAGCAUUUUUGUCAAUACUGAAAAAAAUCAUACAUAUGCAAAUAUAGACGUACACGCAAUAUUUAAUUUUAAAAAAAAUAACUUAAUAAACAUCAUCAGCUUACGUGAAUGACGAAAUUGACUCAAUUGAAUGAAAUUUGAGUGACUUUUAUCACGUUAAUUGUUUACGAACAGCUCCCAUCCCAUCCACUGGAUUAGCUUGAAAAAUAAAUACACCGGCAAUAGUGUCAACAGCACCAAGAUAUAAUACAACACGUCA